AUGAAAAGCAACUUGCUGACUUUAUACCUUUGUUUGGGCGCAGCUGCGGCCAAAAAUGUGUUUCAGGGGCUCCAGGUGAAUGAUGUUGACUCUUUGGAGAAAGAAUUGGAGCUCAACAAGCGGGAUGGCAAAAACGUGGUUUCGUUGGAACUGGACGAGGCCGACUUAGGUUGGCUCAAGAAGGAAAAGCGAGGUGAGAAACAUGACCCUCUUUGGCCCAGCAGAGUUGACAAAAGAGGUGAAGAGCAUGACGAUCUCUGGGCGAGUAGGGUGAAGAGAGACGAAGAACAUGACGCUCUUUGGGCCAGCAGGGUGAAGAGAGGUGAAGAACAUGAUGAUCUCUGGGCGAGCAGAGUGAAGAGAGACGGCAAAGCGUACCUUGGCCUGCAGAUUCCGCUCGAGGGUCCUCAGCCUGAGCUGGAGGAUGCUCUAAUGCCGGAUGCCAAGACAAGUAAUUUGGCUACUGCUUUGACGCAAAUUCAGGACGUCUCCAUCUUCUCGUCGUAUAUUCGCGACAUGGUGGACCUUUACCAGAAGUGCGACGACACGACGCAAUUCAAUAUCAACUCGCAGAGCGACAACAUGCUGCUGAUUUUUGCGCCAACGAACGAGGCCAUUGCCGAGCUUUCCGAGAAGCCAUGGCAGUUCCCAAGACCGGUUACCAGGGAGUCGGACGCUGACGACGAGGCGUCGAGCUACAACAUCAGGCACUUUGUGGAGUCGCAUGUGGUGCAGAGCUCGAAUGUGGCAGACUUUGCCAAGGCAGAGGCUGUCCUGGAGUCGCUGAACGGCAACCGGAUCCAUCUGCGUAACUCCGGUACUAGCUUCGAGCUAUCAUUGGACGACGUGGACGAGUGGCUGCCGAUCCGCAAGAUCGAGCUCACCGCGAACGGCGCGCUCCUACUCAUCGACAAGACCCUCUCCUGGCCGCACAGAGGCUAG